AUGCUGACCAGUAGAGCACGCAUAGCCGCGAGGCGCAUCGCCUCCCCCUCGACCUCACGAUCACUUCCCAUCCGCACAUCGCCGUCAUGUCUCAACGCUUCCGCCAUACGAUUGCCUCAGCAGCAGAAACUCCUAAGACCACCUAUAUCGUCACGGAGCUAUGCCACCAACGGAGGCCGACCACACCCUCCAGGGGGAACACAUCGCAUGAACCUGGGUGGCGAGCCGGAAAAGCCUGCGUUGGAACAGUAUGGUGUGGAUCUUACGGAACGAGCCCGUGAUGGCAAGCUAGAUCCUGUCAUCGGACGAGAUGGUGAAAUCCAGCGUACCAUACAGAUUCUAUCGCGACGAACGAAGAACAACCCCGUCCUGAUCGGCUCCGCGGGAACAGGCAAGACUGCCAUCCUGGAGGGCCUGGCCCAGCGUAUUGUGAAAGGCGACGUGCCCGAGUCGAUCAAAGACAAGCGUGUCAUAUCUCUUGACCUCGGGUCACUCAUCGCCGGCGCAAAGUUCCGCGGUGAUUUUGAAGAGCGCCUCAAAAGCGUCUUGAAGGAGGUCGAAGAAGCGAAGAAGGGUGUCAUACUAUUCGUGGAUGAACUACACACGUUGCUGGGUCUGGGCAAGGCAGAGGGCAGCAUCGAUGCUAGCAACCUUCUGAAGCCCGCCCUCAGCCGUGGAGAGCUACAACUCUGUGGCGCAACAACACUCAACGAAUACCGACAAAUCGAGAAGGAUGCGGCGCUUGCGAGACGAUUCCAGCCAAUUCUAGUUGGCGAGCCGACCGUACAAGACACAAUCUCCAUAUUGCGCGGCAUCAAGGAGCGAUACGAGGUUCACCACGGAGUCCGCAUUACUGAUAACGCCCUAGUCGCCGCCGCUGCGUACAGCAACCGUUACAUCACCGACCGUUUCCUUCCCGACAAGGCCAUCGAUUUGGUAGACGAAGCCGCGAGUGCCCUGCGCCUCCAGCAAGAGAGCAAACCCGACGCCAUUCAAGAACUAGACCGUCAAAUCAUGACCAUACAAAUCGAGCUGGAAUCGCUGCGGAAGGAGACAGACAUUGCCAGCAAAGAGCGACGUGAACGCCUCGAGGAAUCUCUGAAACAAAAGCAAGAGGAAGUCAAGGGCUUGACCGAGAAAUGGGAGAAGGAGCGGGCUGAGCUUGACGAAAUCAAGAACGCGCAGGAGAACCUUGAAAGGGCAAAGCUUGAGCUCGAACAAGCUCGCCGAGAGGGAAACUUUGCCAAAGCCGGUGAGCUGCAGUACAGCAGGAUCCCUGAGUUGGAGCAGAAGCUCCCCAGAGACGAGGAGGUGACUGCAGGCGCCAACCGACAGGGCUCCUUGCUACACGACUCUGUGACUGCCGACGACAUCGCGUCCGUGGUUUCACGCACGACCGGCAUCCCGCUCUCCAAGCUCAACUCGGGCGAGAGUGAGAAGCUUAUACACAUGGAAGACACCCUACGGCAAUACGUCAAGGGCCAAGACGAAGCAUUGAAGUCCGUCGCAAACGCCAUUCGUCUGCAGAGGGCUGGCUUGUCCGGCGAGAACCGACCCAUCGCUUCUUUCAUGAUGUUGGGACCGACUGGUGUAGGAAAGACCGAAGUCUGCAAGAGGCUGGCGGAGUAUCUGUUCAGCACUCCCCAGGCUGUCAUUCGAUUCGACAUGAGCGAGUUCAGCGAGAAGCACACGGUUUCCCGCCUCAUUGGUUCACCCGCAGGCUAUGUUGGAUACGAGGACGCUGGCCAGCUUACCGAAGCUGUCCGACGAAAGCCCUACGCGGUCCUCUUGUUCGAUGAAUGGGAGAAAGCUCACAAGGAUAUUUCGACGCUUCUUCUGCAGGUACUUGACGAAGGCUUCCUUACAGACGCCCAAGGACACAAGGUCGAUUUCCGCAACACCAUCAUCGUCAUGACAUCGAACCUGGGUGCUGAUAUCAUCGUUGGUGACGACGUGCUGGACUCGGCUGGAAAGGAAUCUAGUGAAAUCUCACCCGCAGUACGCAGCGCUGUGAUGGAUGUUGUGUCCGCCACAUACCCACCGGAGUUCCUCAAUCGUUUAGACGAAUUCAUCAUCUUCCGCCGUCUGUCACGCGAAGCACUCAGAGAUAUUGUGGACAUCCGUCUCAAGGAACUGCAGCAGCGACUUGACGACCGUAGGAUCGUACUACAAUGUCCAGACGAAGCCAAGCAGUGGCUAUGCGAUAGAGGAUACGAUCCAAAGUUCGGUGCUCGGCCGCUGAAUAGGCUCAUUGCACGUGAGAUCGGCAAUAGCCUGGCGGAUAGAAUCAUCCGUGGAGAGAUUCGCAGCGGAGACACGGCGAAGGUCGCCAUCAACACGGACGGCACCGGUCUCACCGUUGCUGCCGCAUGA